AUGAAGUCGUUCACGGCGGUUGCAGUUCUCACUCUAACACUCCUGGCACUUGGCAGCCAUGGCAAGCACAUCGAAUCAAAGGUGGCCGACAAGGACUUUCUGGUGAAACAGCGUUUCGUUUUUGAUAUGCUACAGCAUAUCUAUCAGGACGAUGUAUUUGUGACAAAAUACGAGGCCACUUACUAUGAGUAUAAGCCAUGGGAACAUGUUAGUGAUUAUCAGCAUCCAGAGAAAUUGCAACAUUUCUUUGAUUUGUGGCAACACCAUCCCUUCCAUGAUGAUCAAGUGUGGACUGUGAUGUACGAUCGUCAUGAGGAAUACGCCAUUGGUUUGGUACGUCUCUUCUACUUCGCCAAGAACUGGGAAACCUUCCAGCAUGUGGUCUUCUGGGCCCGCCAACAUGUGAACAAGCAAUUGUUUGUCUAUGCCUUCUCCAUUGCUAGCUUGUUCCGUGAUGAUAUGCAGGGUAUUGUCCUGCCAGCUCAGUAUGAGAUUCAUCCUUGGAGCUUCUUCGAUGGACAGACCUUGGAGAUGGCCGAACAUUAUAAGAUGCAUGGAUUCCAUCACGUUAAGCAGCUGGACAAUAUCUAUAAUGUUGUGUUGAAAUCAAACUACUCGAAUAUCUAUGGAGAGAUUAACUAUGAACAUGGUUUGUCUUACUAUUUGGAGGAUGUUGGCUUCAAUAGCUUCUAUUAUUACUUCAAUUUGGAUUAUCCCUUCUGGACCAAGGGUGGUGAGGAUCAUGUCCUGGACAAGGAUCGUCGUGGUGAGCUGUAUUUGUAUGUGCAUUGGCAAUUGUUGGCUCGUUACUACAUGGAACGUUUGUCCAACGAUUUGGGUGAAGUACCUCAUUUCAAUAUGUAUGUGCCUGAGGAGACUGGCUACUACAGUGGCCUCCGUGACUACAAUGGUGUCCCCUAUCCCAGUCGCGAGAAUCAUCACAGCUUCUAUCAUUCGCACAACAUUGAGUAUGUUGAGAAUGUUGAAUUGUACACACAACGCAUUAUGGACUGGAUCCACAAGAACGAGAAAUACGAUGUCGAGGUGGUCAACCAGUUGGGUAACAUCAUUCAGGGCAAUGUUGAUAGUGUCAACAAGCAAUUUUAUGGCAGUUUGGACAAAUGGUAUCGUUAUAUUGUGAAUGAGGGACGUCCCUAUGGUAAGUAUCAAGAGGAAUUCCCUGGAACUUUCCUGCACUACGAUACUUCGGUGCGUGAUCCUUUGUUCUACGAGAUCUACAAGAAUAUUAUCGAUCACUAUUGGCACAUGAUGGCCACUUUCCCUGAGUACACACAGAAGGAUUAUGGUUUCGAAGGCGUCAAAAUUGAUGCCGUACACAUGCCAGAGAGUCUGACCACCUACUUUGAGUACUUCGAUGCCGAUAUUAGCAACGCCGUCAAUGUCGAGCCAUGGGUUGAGAGUAGCCAAGAUGUUCUCUACAAGUUUGGACGCAAUUCCCAUUACAAUGGUGCCAGCUAUGUGAUCAAGGCUCGCCAAGAGCGUCUCAAUCACAAGCCUUUCGAAUUUACUUUGGAUGUCAGCUCUGAGAAGGCUCAGCCAGCUGUUGUCAAGGUAUUCAUUGGACCCAAGUACGAUGAGAAUGGUCGCUACAUCCCAUUGGAGCAUAACUAUCAGAACUUCUUUGAAUUGGAGCACUUCAAGGUCCAAUUGGAAGCUGGUGUUAAUCACAUCAAGCGUGCCAGCGGUGACUUUAGCUUCUGGGUUAAUGAUCGCACUACCUACAUGGAGCUCUACCAGAAAUUGAUGGAUGCCACCAAUAGCGACUUCAAAUUCAAGCUCGAUCAAUCGGAAACCCAUUGCGGUGUACCAAAUCGUUUGAUGUUGCCCAAGGGUAAGAAGGGAGGUCAGGUCUAUCAGUUCUUCUACAUGGUUUAUCCUUACCACGAGCCAGCUGUCCAACAAUAUACUGGCUACGAUCCCAUUGUCAGUUGCGGCAUUGGUCAUGGCUCACGUUAUGUGGAUGCCUUGCCUUUCGGUUUCCCAUUCAACAGGCCAGUGGUCCAUGACUACUACUUCGAUGUGAACAACUUCAAGUUCUUCGAUGUCAAGAUCUUCCAUCGUGAUGAGCACACCAAUAUGGCCUAAGAGUAAGACACAUCGACCUAAAAACUAAAACCAGUCAAUUAAUUUCCGUUUAAUCAGAAAUCCAACCCCAACAUCUACCCCCAUAGAGCGUGUUCAUGUACUUUGUAGUUUUUAUAUUCUUAUUUCUCUUCACAUAAUAUAUGUACUUGCAAUCAAUAAACAAUAAACGAACUCCGAAACUUUCCCCCACAAAAAAA